ACAGAGUCGGCAACUCGACUCGGACUCGGUCCGCUCGACACUACUGGAUAUAAGGUCGAAUUUCUUUAGGAUUGAUAAAACAUUAAAAGUUGCGGUGCAAUUUGCACCUCUAUAGCUUGAAUAUUUAGCUGUUGAAUUUCACCACGACUGCUUGAUUUUAGACUUUAAAGUGCAGGAGUAUUUAACUAAGCUAUCAGGAAAAAAUCAAAUACGAUUGAGGAGUACAAUGCGCUAGACUGGCCAGGAAAUUAGCAUUUGGUAAUCGGUUUAUUUUGUAUUGUGUUUAGUUUAUAUUCGUUACCCCAACCUCUGCACUUCAGUGUUCAGCAUGGCAAGUGAUGAAAAGAAAAUGGUGUCUUCAAGUAAACCGGCACUGCCUCCAAGCAGUGAUGAAACUGGCAAUGUGCUGUCUAUGAUAUACAGAUUCUUUAAAAAGGUAUCGGUCGUUGGCGCCGUGUACCUGGUCGGGUACAUGCAAUGGAGCGUGGCGUGGCUGAUCGGACCCGUUAUUCUGUCUGUACUGCGCGAUCAAUGGCGUAAGGAGAACGAGUACCGACGCAACUUGGCCAAGGCCGCGGCCUCCUCCUCCGAGAAAGAUGUUGUUUUGGCUAAGCUGGACGACUUGCCGGCCUGGGUAUUCUUCCCGGACGUGGAGCGCGCCGAGUGGCUGAACAGGAUUCUGCUCCAAGUUUGGCCCAAUGUAAACUCGUACGCUCGCAAUCUACUGAAAGAGUCCAUUGAGCCAGCGGUGGCCGAGAGUUUGGCUAACUACAAACUCACCGGCUUCAAGUUCGAGAGAAUGAUUCUUGGCACCAUUGCGCCGCGAGUCGGCGGCGUGAAGGUUUACGACAAGAACCUAUCCAGGGAUGAAAUUAUAAUGGACGUCGACUUAUUUUACGCUGGCGACUGUGAUAUCUCCUUCGUCCUGCAACGCAUCCGCGGCGGUAUCAAAGACCUUCAGAUUCACGGUAUGGUGCGUAUAGUUAUGAAGCCACUUAUCACUAAGAUACCUCUAGUGGGAGGACUCCAAAUUUUCUUCCUAAACAACCCGUCCAUUGACUUCAACUUAGUGGGAGCCGCUGAUAUUCUUGACAUGCCAGGCUUCAGUGAUAUUCUACGGCGCUGUAUCGUGGAGCAAGUGGCUAAGAUGAUGGUGUUACCAAACAAGUUACCAAUUAAACUAAGUGAUGAAAUACCUACUGUCGAUCUGAGAAUGCCUGAACCUGAGGGUGUACUUCGUAUUCAUCUCGUUCAAGCUCAGAAUCUUAUGAAGAAAGAUGUCUCAAUGAUUGGUAAGGGUAAGUCAGAUCCGUACGCGAUCAUUACGGUGGGCGCGCAGCAAUGGAAGACGAAACACAUCGACAAUAACGUCAACCCUCGCUGGGACUUCUGGUGCGAGGCGUUAAUAAGCUCAAGGAAGAGUCAAGUGCUGCAGUGCGAGCUCUGGGACUGGGACCCUGGCAUGGGCAUUCAGAACGAUGAUUAUCUUGGCAGGUGUUCGCUGGAUAUCUCACAAGUUGUACGCUUUGGCCGUUUGGAUACGUGGCAAACUCUUCAGCAAGCUAAGCAUGGUAAAGUUGAACUGCGUCUUUCUUGGCAUCGUUUGACUUCCGAUGUGUCGGAACUUAGCCGCGCACUAACAGAGACCCUGCUCAUCAAGACUGGAGAAUUGAGCUCCGCUGUCUUAUCUGUGUACAUCGACUCAUGCAAGAAGUUACCUAACGCUCGCACGCAAUCUCGGCCCGACCCCUACCUCACGUUGACUGUGGGUAAAAAGACUGAGACUAGCGCCGUCCAGAUGAGGACUGAUGAUCCAGUCUACGAAAUCGGAUAUUCGUUCCUUGUCCAGAACCCUGAGUGCGACAACUUGGAGAUUAAGGUUUUGGACUCUAAAACGGGAGGUCAGCUUGGCCAGCUGACAUAUUCAAUCUCGACUCUGCUUAAAGAAAAAGACUUGAGCAUGAUUACCCAACCGCUGAUGCUGCAGCGAUCCGGACCGGAGUCCAAAAUCAUAAUGUCUUUGCAAUUAAAGAUUUUGAAAGAGGCUAUCAAGGAAGAGGACUACGAAGAAGAGCCUCCUGCGCCGGCGGUGGUAGAGACUCCAAAAGAACCAUCGCCCCCCGCCCCCGCGGCUCCACCUUCACCUCCAUCUCCAGCUGUCUCUGAUGAGCCUGGACCCCUUACUGACCCUGUGACUGUACUACCUGAGCCGUUAGUGAGGAACGUUGAGGACGCUCUUCUAGACAGUAGCUCACAGAAAUCCGUGCCUUUAGAGCACAUUGAAAAGGAAGUUGACACACCUCAGGAAUAUCAACCCCCAAAAUCACCUGAGCGCGAGCCGCCGUCGAAACUUGUGCAUAGAAUCUCUUCAUUGACUACGUCAGCAGGAGAAGCCGGCCUCGGCCGUAUUCUGCUCUCACUUCGCUACAGCAUGCAAAACCAAACUCUCUUCGUGGUUGUGCACAAAAUUAUGCACAUACCAUUAAAGGACCCGACCAAUGUGCCUGACCCUUACGUCAAGUUGUACUUGCUGCCUGGCCGCUCCAAAGACUCCAAACGUAAAACUGUGGUAAGUGAUAACCAGAAAUAAUAUAAAUAGUUAAUU